AUGGUUUAUUAUAUUCGAUUCCUCAAAACCCCCAGGUUUGCCAAGCAGAAAGGUGCUGUAUCAGUCUCCGCGCUGGUCUGCAUCACUACCGAUCUCGGGGAUGCCUUCCUGACUCAAGAUGUGGAUUUGCAUGUGACCCUGGUCGCUCAUGGCACAGGAAAGGUCCUGUAUCAGGAACCCAUGACAUGGAACGCAGGCAAGCGUGAAGUACCAAUAUCGCUGGGACCAUUUCCCGCCAACCUGUCUCAACACACAGCCGUGCUUGCAGUAUCCCCUGCCAAUUCCGUCAAGCUGCAGGCACCGUUACCAGACUCACUCAUUGGAAAGUCCGAAGUUCCGCUAGUUGUAUCAGGCUGGAGUGCUCCGUUUGGCGGAUCACAGACUUCAGUAGCGGAGAAGCUCGUUGAACGACGCUUUGGGCCAGAUGACAAGCUCGGCCUCCGAAUCUGGGAAGAAACCGGGAACAGUAUCGCCCGGCAUAUCUGGGAUGCAGCGGUAGCGUCAGUUGUCUAUCUUCAGAAGAUAGUUGCGGGAGACGCAGAGAUCUCUGCGCCACUGUUGCAAGCGCUUCUUCGAGGAUCGCGCAACGGCCCGCUUCACGCCAUCGAACUGGGUUCUGGAUGUGGCAUUGUAGGAAUCGCGCUGGCAGAGCUUCUUCCCGAGUGCUCUGUCACGCUCACCGAUCUUCCUGAGGUCGAAGAAAUUGUGACGAAGAAUAUUGCGGUUGCGCGACCUGCCAAGUCCUCGGCACUCCAAUUCCAAACUCUGGACUGGGAUGAGCCGCUUCCAGAAGAUUUAUGCGGUGGCUCCAUUGACCUGAUCCUUGUCUCAGAUUGUACCUACAAUGCGGACAGCUUACCUGCGUUGGUCUCGGUGCUAAACCGCUUGCUGCAGAUGUCGCCGGAUGCAGUCAUCCUGGUGGCGUUGAAGAGACGACACGAAAGUGAAACCGUCUUCUUUGAUCUCAUGCGGUCGGCAAAUAUCUGCAGUCUGCAUCUGGCUCACAUGCAGCUUCCAUCCGAGCAUGAUCAACAGGAUCAGAUUGAACUACAUUGCUUUGGGCGAGAGAGAAGGCAUCAGGGCUGA